CUGGGAUUGCUGGCUUGCUCCCAGGAAGGAGACCAGCAACUCUACUGGAUAUGCUGCAUAUUGAACCCGAGGUACUGGAUGAGAAGUCUGGACCAGUUUUGGAUUUGACCAUACCACAUAUGGAGUUUGUUCCCAAAAUACUGAAAGAGACUUUCUGCUGCUUUAAAGGAAAAUGGGGAGAGUGCAACAAUGAAUCAGGACAUUCACUCCAGAAUUUCUGAAAACUACUUGUUGAAUAGUGACACACUAAUAGAGUCUUGUAUUCACUUUGAGACUUUUUUUGAAUUGAAGUACAUCUGGAUCCAGCGGAAAUAUUUUCUAGGUAAGAUCAGUGGCUUAUUUCAGCUGGAGACUACACUGACUUAGAGAUGACUGGAGCCCUGCACACUGGACUCAUACUCUUCUCAUUUGUGGUGGUGUGUGAGAGUGAACCAACACAUGCCGGGCCAGAAAAAGUGGAGGAAUCACAUGGACAAUCCAGACUGGUCCAUCUAACUUCUCACUGGGCCUUCCAGCUGGUCAAUGAUUCACUAGCCUUCUCCGGGGCCGACAGAUUCUGCAGGAGCCAGUUCAGCUCCCUCGCCACCAUGGAAAAUCCAGAGGACCGGGAGGGAGCCUUGGAGCUGCUCCGGCGGACUGGAAAUCGCUUGCCUAUCUGGGUCAGGGACCUUAACAGAGCAACCUCCAAGCCUGUGGCCCUCUCCAAACAGUAUUUACAUUUCUUAGCGCUAAACUUCCCAAAGGACUCCCAUGAGGGCUUUGCUCGUGUCAAUAUGUCCUUUCCAACCCUGUCGUCCAUCAGUGUGUGUGUUCGAGUUCAAUGGAACUCAGAGUGGAAUCAAGUGUCCACCAUCUUCUCCUACGCUGCACCUGUCUUCACCAAUGAGUUUCAGCUACGAGGCCAAGUGGACAUGCAGGGACGUAUCCUCCUGGCGCUUAUCAUCCAUGGGAAGCACCUGCCAUAUAAGGCUUCCUUCCCCAACGAUGGAGCUUGGCAUCACGUCUGCGUCGUUUGGUGCCGGAGUAGCAGCCACUGGGCUAUCUAUGUGGAUGGGGACAUGAAGGACAUGGGCACAGGCACAGACGCUUCCAGGGAUAUAUACGGGGAUGGAAUUCUCAUUCUAGGUCAGGACCAAGAUUCAUUUGGAGGGAAUUUCACAGAGCCAUUUUUUGGAAAUAUCACUGACCUGAAUGUUUGGAAUAUGUCUCUGGAAACAAGGCAUGUUCGUGCCCUCCACGCAUGUUCAUCCAUCACCCAGGAAGUGCUUUUCAGUUGGAAUCUUGACCACCUAAGCAGGCACCCAGUGGUCAAAGAGGUGACGAUCCUUCUGUUUUGCUCAGCAGUGCACCAGCAGAUGGAGCUGCAGGGCUGCAGGACGCUCCAGGGCUGGGCCGAUCCGCUGCCAGUGUUCGGCCUGACAGACUGCUCGGAUCCACUGCCGUUCAUCUGCCAGAGCAGCACAGAGCGUUACCUGAAGAUGAAGCAGAUGAGUGAUUCUCAGAACUCCCAGCCCACAGCCUUCAUGGACCGUCUGAUGAAGCUUUCCAACAAAACCCAGACAGUGCUGGGGCAGCAGCCGUCAGGGCUGGACAGCCUGGCCCAGGCGUCCACCCUACUGGACAUCUCUGUCCAAGCCCUGGAGGACACGCAGCAGGAAGGUCUGCAGCCAACAGACAUGGUAUCCCUUAUCCAGCUUCUGUCUCUGGCUGCUGACGCCCCCCCCACACAGCCACUCAGCGGGGCCACAAACCACAGCCAGGACACCAUCCGGGAGCUCAGCCAGCACUUCAUCACCGUGGCCGACAGCAUCAUCAGCCAAGACAACGCCCUCAAGUGGGAGGCCAUCAAAGAGGUGGUGAAUGGCCCAAUGGAUGUGGUCAAGAGUAUUGACCGGAUGUUGACCAGCCUGAGCCCUCGCUUGCUGGAGGAGACUGAUCGCCUGACCAUUCACAGACCCAACAUCAAACUGGAGAUGCAGCAACAGAUGCUGCAGGAAGGAUCCCGAGGCUCAAGUUUCUGUGGUCCUGAGACAGGGAAGCACACCAACCUAGACUGUAUUUCAGUCCCACAUCAGAAGAUACAAGAUCUCCAUAACAAUGGCUUCCAUAAGCUCACGUUGGUCAACACGUGGUACGGCUCUUUACGGCCUCCCAUCAGUCCUGAGCGAAACAUCACCAUGGUCCCUACUGUCACUGAUGGCAGCCAGAGGUAUUUGGGCACCUUCCUGGGAUCUUCUGUCAUGUCCACCACAGUGCUGGGAGACGACCAGCCAGUUAGCACAGCAGUUCGCUUCCAGCUCCAGCACAGAGCACAGAAUCCCACUGGUACUGUGUAUGAUCCAGUGUGUGCCUUCUGGGAUUUUGAUCUCAAUCCCGAGGCCGGUGGGUGGUGGAAUACCAAAGGCUGUGAUGUAGUCUCCAAAGAAUAUGGAUACACUGUGUGCUACUGCAACCACACCACCAAUUUUGCAUUGCUGUUGCAGGUUUAUGAAGCCCAGAGGAGCCCGGAGAACGAAAAAGCUCUGCAAGUGCUGACGUUCAUUGGCUGUGGAGUGUCUCUGUGUGGCCUCCUCUUCACCUUCAUCCUCUUCAUUGCUGUGGGAUGUCCUAAAUCUGACCACACCGUCCAUAAGAACCUGAUCGUGGCUUUGGGCCUAGCUGAGUUGCUGUUGAUGUGCAGUGAUUGGGCGUCUGCCAAUGAGGCAGCGUGCUUUGUGGUGACUGCACUACUCCAUCUCUUCUUCAUGGCCUCCUUCUCCUGGAUGUUGGUGGAGGGGCUGCUGCUAUGGAGCAAAGUCGUGUCCGUCAACAUCAGCGAGGACCGAAGGAUGAAGCUCUAUUAUAUCAUUGGCUGGGGACUACCUGUUCUAAUAGUUGGUGUAACAAUGGCAGUAUCAGUGGAUGAGUACAAGGCAGAUGAUCACUGCUGGCUCAAUGUGAAGACUGACACCAUCUGGGCCUUUGUGGGACCCGUUAUAUUUGUCUUAGCGGUCAACGCUGUUGUGCUGUUCAGGGUUGUCAUGGUGACUGUCUCCAGCGCUCGCCGCCGCACUAAGAUGCUCAGUCCAAGCUCGGCAUCGAAGAUGCAGACCUUUGACCUCACCUGGGCUGUGACCCGUCCAGUUCUCAUCCUGCUGCCAGUGCUGGGUCUGACCUGGCUGUGUGGAGUGCUGGUCCAUCUGUCGGUAGUAGUCGCCUAUGUCUUCAUUGCUCUCAAUGCCACCCAGGGCCUGUACAUCUUCUUAGUGUAUGCUGUUUACAACAGUGAGGUGAGGAAUGCCAUAAAGAGGAUCAAAGAAAAGAGAAAGGCCUUAUCUUUCACGAACUGUUCCCAGCCAACCAGCUUCCUACCUUCCCAGAGGGCCCCAAUCACCUCCUGGGGCCACAGUCCACUGACCCCCUCCAGCCCUGAGACCAGUGAGACUUCUGGACCGCCCAGCUCCACGUCCACGUCAUUGGUCAUCAAGAACGAGAGCUUCAGGAAGGAAAGCCUUGUAAGUUUUUCUUUGAAACCAGCAUCAGGAAACCAAGUGGUCCAGCUGACUGGGUUCAAGCCAUCAGGUUGUUGAACUUCUGAUGGAGUGGAUCCUGAUACUCGGCUACAAUACGCAUGCACCACGCUGAGAGAGAAUGGAGAGCUGGACACACAGACACAGAUCCCACCUUAAGAAGGGCACUGCUGCCACCCACACACACACAGACACACACACACACACACACACACACACACUCUGCGUCUCAACACAUUCUAUUUCCCAUCGCGUCAAAAUGCGACAUUUGGUCAGGUGCCUUUGGCGUUUGUUAUUCAUGCAAAAAGUCUCCUUUUGCGUCUUAUUUAGAUGCGCUUGGUCGGGACUCUGGGCGUCACUUUUUGGCGCUCUGGGUCGGGGUCGGUCUGUUUGACUGACAUGCGGCACACAGAACACAGAGCGGGACAGUUAGGUUUAGGAAAAGAUUGUGGGUGGGAUUACAAAAUGUACGUUUUAGGUUUCCUGGGUGGAAAUCUUGUCUUGUUUGACCCGCCACCCCCGACCUGCUUCCAUACGCGGAUUACAGCGCCGCGGUAAAGCUGCUGCUCGGCCCGGUGCGUCCCGUACAGACACUUAAAAGGGAGAUUUAAGCGUUGAUUUGUGACGCUGAGAGCCACUGAACAAGCGUUAGCAUUUCACCAGUUGGGAGUGAGAACGGGUCUCUGUUGGGAGGGAGGGUGUGGAAUGAAAUAGGCAUGAAGGAAGGAUGAAGAAGCCAGCUCUACCACUGUCAUUAGAUCAGAUCAUUUUCCCUCAACUCCUUUUUUUAACCUUUAAUUUUUUACAGGCAAGUCAUGAAAUCAAGAUUAUACUUCACAAAGGAAGCUGCUAACCUGACAAAGCCGCUCAGGGGAAAAGGAAGGAGGGCUAGGAAGUAAAACAGACAUACGUACAUUUUAAAAGGAAAUACAAUAUAAAACUACAACGCACAAAGACAGCAGUCAACGCAUACGAAUGCAACACAUUGCAUUUGAUGUGUGUUUUUGAUUGCCAAUUAAAAUGACACAUUUCCCUCUUUUCGGCCAGAUGUCCGUUACCUUCUUCUUUCUUUGUGUUGCCGUUAUAAACUAGGCUGGAUUAAUGAGGACUAUGGAUCUCUGCAGGGUAAAUCCAGACAGCUAGCUAGAAUACCUGUCCAAUCUGAGUUUCCUUAUGCUAAAACAAUCUUUGAACGUACACAUGUUCCACCAAAACAAGUUUCCUUUAUAUUGCAGACGACCAAAUUUCAUAAUGCCUUUUCUGUAGUGUUCCUGUUGAUGAUUUCUACAAAAUAAAUAAAUAAGACUGUAUCAGAGCUAGGCGACAUGGAGAAAACGUGAUGUCACUGUAAUAUCACUGUGAUAUCAUCACAACAUCAAUAUAUUUGACCAAAUACAUCAAUGUAGAUAUUGCAGCAAAAUUGUAGUGUUGACUAUUGGUGCUUUCACAAAAAAUUAACACACAAUGAGAGUUUUGAUAAAUGAUCACCAAUAUUGUGAUAUUGUGAUACUAAUUGGAUAAAUCUAAAUAAUGCAGCUAGAACAGUCUGGUCAGUUCAGAAAAUGACAUCCCUUUACUGUAAUUUAGCCUUUUAAACCAGGAAAAGAACAACAAUAAUGAUAAUAAUAUCUCGAGGCGAGCGGGCACCGAGGUGUUUUUCUCUCAGACGGCAGACUCACAUUUGUGCUGGAGAAGAGAAUCCAAUCGUCAUGGUGACCACAGUUACUAUCGUCUUUAAAAGUUUAAAAGAAACUCUACCAUCUACCCUGCUUCAAAGCCAAUCACAUUGCUGCAGUGCGCCCUGGUAGCUCACCUAGUUGAGAGGGCGGCCCAUACACUAAGGCUCAGUUGAUACAGCAGUUGCUAAGGUUCAAGUCUGACCCACGGCUUUUUUCUCAAUGUCAUCCCCCCCCCCUCUCCCUCUCUCUCUCUCUCUCUCUCUCUCCCCCCUUCUUCAACUAUCCCAUCAAACAAAGGCCAAAAAAGCCCCCAAAAAAUAAUCUUAAGAAAAAAACCAAAUUGCCUCGGGGUCGCAGGCAAUAAAAACCCACUUGGCAUCAAAUUGCUAAAGGCUGUGGACAUGGGUAUUGUAGUUUUCCUUGACAUUGUGAGUGUGGUGCUAUCCCCACUUAGCAUGAGUCAAGUGCAUUGAAAACACCAUUUGAAACUAGUCGGUCAGCCAUUGAUCUUAGACUGUAGACUCUACAUUCUCUACAGUGUAGAGUAAUGAUAAAUAACAGCAGCAACCACGGAUCUUCAUCCCAUUCAUCUCACAUUUGCUUCAUUUCUGUAUUACUCAGUACUACUUAAACCAGCUUCUCUUUUGCCCAAAUGUUCCCUCGCCUCUUUUUGUCAGACUUGAUGUUGUAAUCUUCCACAUUAUCGAUAUGUUCUACAUUUAGACAUUUUGUAGCUGGACAUUUGAGGAACAAACCAAUUUCCAUUUGAGGACUUGUGUUCCACUAUGAAAUGUAAUCACUUGCAUGUAAUCAUCAUCCUCAUUUGUGAAAACAAUAAAAUGAAAA